AUAACGAGGUGCGUCUGCGUCUGAUGCAGUUUGUGACGGGCACCUGCAGACUUCCUCUGGGGGGCUUCGCUGAACUCAUGGGAAGCAACGGACCGCAGAAGUUCUGCAUUGAGAAGGUGGGCAAAGAGACCUGGCUGCCCCGGAGUCACACCUGCUUUAACCGGCUGGAUCUGCCCCCCUACAAAAGCUACGAACAGCUGAAGGAGAAGCUGCUCUUUGCGAUCGAGGAGACGGAAGGAUUCGGUCAAGAGUAAUGAAAUGUCUCUUCUCUUUACGGCCAAGUAAAACAAAACCAUGAAACUUGCACAGAUGAUUACCAAUGUAAAUAAGCUAUUUUUUUCAUUUUAAACCAAAUCUUUAUCUUAAGACAUCAUUUAGCGAUCUUCAUAACAUGAUUCCCCAUGAAUAUGCAAGCGUUUGAGCUUUUCUGAUCUUUUCGAUACUGAGAUAUAUAUAUAUAUAUAUAUAUAUACACAACAACGCUUUAUUCAUUUGGUGGGUUUAAAAAAAAUAAACAAACAAAAACAUUAGAGAUGAUUUUAUAGUAGAGCUCCAAACUUCCAGCUCUAGUUUUAUAGAGCUUUUACAGAAUGAUUGUAGAGUUUGAUCAGGUGCCUGGGGUUUUCUUUGUGUCGUUGGACAUCAAGUUGUGAUAGUUAAGCGCUUGCAUGGCUGCCUGCAGACUGAGAGAUGAUUGACUCUGUGUCUCAUAUCAUUCAUCACGACUGGUUCGGACAGUAUUGCUGUUGUCCAUCAGUAUUGGUUCCUCCAGAGUCUCUGCAGAUGCUCAGAACGACAGUUGUGCUCGAAGCACUUCACUAUUUCUGUGGCCUUUGUCUGUCAGAGGAGGAAAACUGUCCAUGAAUUUUUCAUAUUAAAAUAUAUGAGUUCUAACAAA